GGUAACCUUUACUUCGUGUCGCAACAACAACAGAUUUACAAAUUCAACGAAUUUACGGAAAACGUAAUCUCGGCGAGUGAAUUCGACGUGCAAACGCUCGGCAUAAAUUGCCCGCGACACGGAUUACUGCAACAAUUGCGCGACCUCUUGCACAAGUUCACGCGAAAUACCGAAACGUUGACGAGAGAGAGGGACGGCAAUUUAUUUUAGGACCUAUAAUCCAUAGAGAUCGGUUAGUCUCGCGUGAUCCGCCUACCGACACGCAACGUAGGAGAGCGAAGGAUAAUCGACGAUGUACUCCACGUUGGCGGAACGACAAUCAUCCGAUACGUUCGACGACGGUAAUGCGAAACGAAAGAAUUCAGAUUACGCGAAUAAGGAAAAUACGAAGAAAAAACAAACAUUCAACAAUGUCAACGCGCGAGCCGAUCCUCUCCGCGUUUUGGCGCGACGAUACACAUUGACGAAAACGGGAUACAAGUACUUGGACAUCGGCAUCGUCGUAAAGUCACCGUCGUACGUGAACAUCGUACUCGGAGAUUGUCACGGAAAGGAGAUCUCGUUUACGAUCGACGAGUGGAAGGAACUGGUGAAACUAAAAUCUACGAUACUAACGACACUUCGCUCCAACAACAACAACAACAACAACAAUAAUAACAACAACAACAGCGCGGAAGACAGCAUGGAAUUGCCUACGAUCGGAAACAACAUUUUCCUGCGAGUUGGAAAAAUAAACAAUCUAUUCUACGUUUGGAACAUCCCUCUAAUCGAUUGAUCCUAUCGCUCUCUACCGUGAUCAUUAUGUUCGACCACGAUUACUGCGUCGAUCGCAUCGUCAAGGCGCUCUCCCCAGUGACGAGAAUCGUUGACGCGAAAGUCAAACGUUUCCAGGAGAUCGCCGCAGGCCUCGACAAUCCCGCCGACGGUCCGCGCGCGAUCCGUGAAAGCGCGCAUUUCGAUGCCAACGAUAUCGUCGAUUGCGAACUAGCCGUUAUCUGUUUCGGAUUCUUUUAAACAUAGCGUUCUCGGUUUCGUAUAAUCUCAUCUUUUAUUAGUUGUAAUUAAAAAAAUUUGUAUUCCUACAAAAAGACAAAUAUAUAACCUGUCUCUGCUAACAUAUCGCACUUGAUUUUAUAUUACCCUGGAUACAUCUAUCCACUACAUUGGUAUAAGCUUGAUUUUGUGAAAAAAAUUAAACGUGCUUUUUUCAUUCAUUCAUUUUAUAUAUAUAUAUUUCUUGACGUUAAUACAUAUUUUGCUUUCUUAUAUUUAUUACACAUAUACAAUAUAUAUCGCUGUGAAAGCGUUAGAUCAUUCACGAUUACAUAUUGUCAAUCGUCAUAUUACGUGA